AUGAAUGAAUACAAGUUUGUGCAAAUUGUAGCUUUGACAGCCCUUGCAACACCUGCGGUGCCCAAAGGCCACAGGCCGCUUACAGACAGCCCCGCCACCUCCGCCUUGCCAGCGCUCGUCAACGCUUCGCCGCCCGCCAAAGGCCACGCCAGCUGGGCGUCCCUCCUGGGAGCGCCAGCGCCGCCGGCGAAGCAGACCGCAGUCCCCGCAGCCCCCGCUGGCCCCGCUGCCGCCGCAGCCCUACUGCCGCAAACCGCUUCCGUCAGCAUCGGCUGCGAUGAGCUGUGCUGCCUGGCGCUCCCCUCUGACAUGACCAUCGCCGACUUCUGCACCUUCCUCGGCGCCCACUUAUUGCGCCUCCGCCGCAUGCGCGUACUGCGCCGGCAAGUGGGGCAGGUCGCGACGGCGCUGGCGUCGGCGUCGGCGUCGGCGGGGAUCACCGCCACCGCACCGGCGGCGUCGGCGCCGUCAGGGCUACCUGGCUCACGCAGCGGAAGGUCUUCCUCCGCGGGGGGCUCAACCUCCCGGUCCACCAGCGGCGGCGGCAGUGGCAGCGGCGUCGAGGCCGAUUCCGACCCACGGGUCGCGGGUCCCAGGCGGCUGAGCCAGAAUGGGCAGCAAGCGACGGCGGCGUCAGCGCCAUUGCUCCCCAGCGGUUCAGAGGCUUCGGAUCCCUUGCAGUGCCACCGCAGGAACGAGGGAGGGGACGGCCCGCCUCCGGCGCCAGCACCGGCGGCUGCGGCUCCGCAGGUGGCACGGACGGAGGCGGGGGCCGCGGCUCCCGGUGGAGGAGGAGGAGGAGACGGCGGAGAAGCCCAGCGACAGACCCUCGUGUGCAUGGUGCUGAUGCGCAUGGAGAGUCCGGAGGCCGCAGACGAGCUGUAUAACGACCUUAACGGUAAACCGUUCAGCUCCCUGGAGCCCGACAUCGUCUGCCGGCUCGUACACGUACGGCACGUGGAGGUCACCAGCGGCGGCUGCAGGCAUGCACCCGGUGCGGCGGCGGCGGCGGCGGCGGCGGCGGCUGCUGAUGCAGAAGGCGCAACGCCGCCGCCAAUGCCGCCGCCGCCAGGUCAGACUGAGCUCCCCUCCUGCCCGGUGUGCCUGGAACGGUUGGACGAGCACGUAAGCGGGAUCGUCACAACGGUUUGCAACCAUAUGUUCCAUUCGGAGUGCUUGCAGAAGUGGGCGGACACGACGUGUCCGGUGUGCCGCUACUGCGUUCGGGGCGCAGCUAACACAUCUCGCUGCGGGGUGUGUGCUACAGCCGUGGACCUGUGGAUCUGCCUCGUCUGCGGCCACGUGGGCUGCGGACGAUACCGCGCAGGCCACGCGGCAGACCACUGGCGCACCAGCGGGCACUGCUACGCACUGGAGCUGGAGACACAGCGGGUGUGGGACUACGUGGGCGACAACUACGUGCAUCGCUUGAUACAGUCCAAGACCGACGGCAAGCUGGCCACACUGGAUGCUGACCACCGCUGUGCCCAGGCGGGGGCCGCCGCGGAUAAGGCCCGGGCAGAUGCCGCCGCGGCGCAAGCGGUUGCGAGGGAAGAGGGCCGACGGCGGCAGGUGGCGGAGCGGCGUACGACAGAGACAACAGAGGCGCUACGGACUGUACGACAGGAGGCGGACUUCCUGCGCUCCCUGAACGAGACGCUGCUGGCCAACCAGAAGGACUUCAAGCAGCAGCUGGCCGCGGAGAAAGCGCGUGCGGAUGCAGCCCAGGCCGCCGUCAAAGAGCUCCAGGAGCAGGUCCGCGAUCUGGCCUUCUUCAUCGAGGCGCAACGCGCCAUCAACGAUGCCGCCGGCGGGGAGCUGAAGGAAGGUACCGUGCUGCCGCUGCCGCAGAACAGCGCCGCGCGCGGGGUUCGCGCUGGGACAUCCGGCUCCAGUAAUAGAGCCGGGAUGCGGGGAGGAGGGUCCGAAGCUGCCAAUUACGUUGCGGCAAAUUUUGUUCGGAUCUUGAAUUCUUUCCUUCCGGCGAAAGCACCGAGCAUGACGAACGCUAAAGGAACCACCGUCACAGCAGCCAUCAUCAUUGGCUACCUGCUCACGGUCGCCAACCUCGGCGACUCCUCCGCCGUCCUCGACACGGGCUGCUCCAUCCUAGAGCUCACAGGCAGCCACAGAAUUCAAAGCAACCCAGACGAGCAGGCGCGGCUGCGAGCCGCGGGCUGCACUUUGGCGCCUCUUGGGUUUCAUUUGCAAGGCCCUGCGAGGCAGGGGGACCUGGACGCGGGUCCAGAGGUAGUUCCCCUGCCACACAUUCGCCAGGACGACGCCAGCAUCAUCGUCAUUGAUCUUCUUCCCUCCGAAACCACGAGCUGGCCGACCGUCGCGCUUAAGACCAACCCCAAGCCGGAGAAGUCUGGCGGCCUGUUUGCCUGUUUCCGGCCUGAGCUGGAUGAGCCGGACAGCCGCGACCUCCACACCUCCGCGCCCGGGCAUCUCGCCUUCAUGGCGGACUUGGACUCGUUGCGCGUGUACCCCCAGAUGAGAGGUGCGCUCCAACGCAGCCAGAUUCAGCACCUGGCAACAGCGCUCAACAACGCCGUCGGCGUCGGCGUCAGCGUCAAGUCACCGUUCGACUACACCAUGCACGGCGCACAGAAGGUCGCCCUCUACCGCGGCUAUCUUAGCGGAGACACGAGUACGAGCAAUGGCGGCGGCAGCAUCGGCGGCGGCGGCAUGGGCGGCAGCGUCGCCAUGCCACGUACGAAUUCGUCCACGGCGGUGGCGGAGGUGGCGUCCGAGGGAGCCAACAUGUCGAACCAUUCGAUCCAGUCGUUGGAGCCCCCCUCGGGGUUGCUGAAGGGUGUUGGCAGUCUGGGUAUUGGCAUGGGGCUGGGGACGUUUUCCGCGGGUGCGACAUCGGAUUACGAGAGCCCGGUGGUGGCGUUUUCGAGCUCGGCAGGUGGCAGCGUGGGUCGGGGUAACGCGCAUGCGUUGUCGGCGAUGUCGUAG